AGUUUCUGCUACUGCAUUUUCAUAAAAUUGUUAUGUAAAGUUGUAGAACCUUGAAUUCUAGUACAAGCAAUUAAAGAAGUGCCUAGAAAAGCAAAGGCCUGAUCUUUAAGACAUGGACUGCACAAUGGAGAGCAGUGUCUGUUGCUCCUGGGGUUCAUGCCAACUGCUUCCUGUGCUUCCUGGUUGGAAAAGGACUACAAUUCAGUAAUAGACCAUAUGCUUUGAAUCCACAGCAUGUCAAAUUCAGCCCCUAGUGAAUAUAUAAAUUUUUCAGAAAUCAGGAUGAGGGAUUCCAGUUUUUUUUCCCAGAAAAAAUUGAAAUUUUUAGCAUUCUUGCUAAAGGCACUAGAACCCAUCUGAUCUUCAAAUUUAUGUAGGGUCAGCUCUAGUUGUACUUGGAUGAGAUACUACCAGUGAUACCAGGUGCUAUAGACUAUACAGUGGGCCCUCAAUAUCUUCUGGAUUUGGUUCCAUGACAUACGCACACACCCAUGGAUACCAAAACCCAUUAUAUAUAUGGCACAGCAAAAUGGUGUAACUUAAAUAAAAUGAUGAAAUAAAGCUAUGCUUUUCAGAUUUUUUUGGGCAUAUUUUCAAGAUGUGUAGAUGGUGGAAUUUGUGGACGAAGACCUCAUGGAUAAGAAGGGCCAAAUGUAUUUCAAAAGACAGAACUGAAAAAACUACCUUUGAGUAUUCCUUGCCUAAGAAAACCCUAUGACAUUCAUGGGGUUGCCAUAAGUUGGCAGGCAACUUGAAGACUUGCACACCUCAUGACUUUGUUACUUUAAGAACAUAACAUGCAUUUUGUGUGUGUAUCUCUUUCUAGGUUUAUUAGACAGUAACAAGUUGAGCCUCCCUUAUCCUGAAAACCUAAAUACUGUACUCCAAAAGUUGAAACUUUUUGCUGGCAAUUGCCUGGGCUCCACCCUCCUGCAUGGCUGCCUUUGAAGGACCGACCACCCAUGCAGUCGCGUAAGGUGUCACCCACCCACACAAGUGUUUCCUUUAAAGGUGUAACCAUGCUGCACCCUCACAUGGACUAUGACACAGUGAAAGAAGCCCCUCAAAUGGGUUUUUUUUCACAGCUUAAUAGUUGCUGUCACAUAAUAGUCACACCCUCCUUUUCCCCAAAAAAAUGGGGGGGGGUGCCUAUUAUGCAAUGCAAUUUGGUGUAUAUUCUCAGAGGCUUUGUGGUUAACUUUAUACUUUUUCCCUAAGCUGUCUUACCUUACUCAAAAAUAAGCAAUCCUGGCACUGCAUAAAAACAGCAAAGAAAUAGCCAUGCUAACAGUGAUACUGAUAAAGGUAUUACUUGCUACCGGGCAAACCAGACUGGGAUCCCUCAUCUCACCUACAGAUGUUUUUAAUACGCUUAACAUUAUCCAAUACCAGUAACUGAGGUAGUCUAAAUACCACAGCAGGGACUGAUUAGCUUUUUCAGAUCACUGCCUUUAUUUGCUGUUUGCAAAGAAGCUUAAUCCAGUGCUGGAGAUCAGGCUUCCUGCUGUGGUUUGAGUUGUCUUCUGUCACUUCCUGGUUCCAUGAACAGCCUGUUUUGUAGCCUUUUUAAAGAAAAUAAGCAAACACUUCAAGUUAAAUGAAUACAUUUUAAUAGGUUAAGCAAAGCCAUUGCUAUUCCAUCUGGUCAACCAUUCAUUGUUCUGCUUGCCUGCCUGGAAGUUUGCAGCUGAAAUCAGGACUUACUUUUGGAACUGCUGCAAAAAAAAGCCACCCAAAAUCUGUGUGUUGCAAGGUGAACGGAUACAGACUACUUCAUAUUCAAAAAUACAGAAAAUCCAACAAAGUGGAGUCAAGUACAUGCAGCAGCUUCAUGGGCUUGAAGGAUCACUUGGGACAUGAUGCAGGCCACCUCUAUGGGGAUACCACAGAGACUCAAAUAAUUGCACCUUGGUCAAUGGUAGAGAAGCUAACAAUGGAUAAAAUUAAUUCUAGGAAGGAGGAUGCUAAUAAGGAAGCUUCUGAAGAAACUGGAAGUUCCAGUUGUGACUCUGAGGAAAGCACAAAUUCUGAUAAUGAAUCAGAACAAUCAGCUACAAUUGGAACAGAAUCAUGCUUCGCACCGAAGACGCACAGACGGCUAUGUAGGUCUCCUUGCCUAGAACCACAUAUAUUAAAACGUAAUGAAAUCUUGCAAGACCUUAAGCUGGAGGAAGCACAGAUAGUGUCUAAAGAAGUUAAGAAGCCUCCUGACGUUGUGAAAGAAUAUCAAACCAAACUAGAGUUUGCACUUAAGUUAGGUUAUUCUGAAGAACAAGUUCAGCUUGUCCUCAAUAAACUUGGUACUGAUGCUUUAAUUAAUGACAUAUUGGGAGAACUUGUCAAACUUGGAAAUAAAACUGAAACAGAUCAGAGUGUAAGUAACGUUAACAGUAGCUUAAUACGAGAAGCGUCUUCUAUUGAAUCACAGAGAUCCCACUCUCCGCUUCAGGAAGAUGUGCCAGUGGAUGGUGAUAACCUGAGACCAAUUGUUAUUGAUGGCAGCAAUGUUGCAAUGAGCCAUGGAAACAAAGAAGUAUUUUCUUGUCGAGGAAUUAAACUGGCAGUGGACUGGUUUUUGGAAAGAGGCCAUAAAGAUAUCACAGUGUUUGUGCCAGCGUGGAGAAAGGAACAGUCCCGACCGGAUGCUCUCAUUACAGAUCAAGAAAUCUUACGUAAAUUAGAAAAAGAGAAAAUUCUGGUGUUCACCCCAUCCCGCCGUGUUCAGGGGAGAAGGGUGGUAUGCUAUGACGACAGAUUCAUAGUGAAGUUGGCCUUUGAAUCUGAUGGUAUAAUUGUGUCUAAUGAUAACUACAGGGAUCUAGCUAAUGAAAAGCCAGAAUGGAAGAAAUUCAUUGAUGAACGACUGCUGAUGUAUUCAUUUGUCAAUGACAAAUUCAUGCCUCCAGAUGAUCCACUUGGACGCCAUGGUCCAAGUCUAGAUAAUUUUCUGAGGAAGAAACCUGUUGUUCCAGAACAUAGGAAGCAACCAUGUCCAUAUGGGAAGAAAUGCACCUAUGGACACAAAUGCAAGUACUACCAUCCAGAAAGAGGAAAUCAGCCUCAGAGGUCAGUAGCUGAUGAACUUCGUGCCAUGUCUAGGAACACAGUUGCCAAAGCUGCUAGUGAAGGCGGGCUGGUGAAGAGCAACAGUGUUCCUUGUAGCACAAAAAUAGAUAGCACUUCCGAUCUCAAGCGAGCUGCUCCAAAGAGGCAAUCAGAUCCUAGUAUAAGGACUCAAGUCUACCAAGACUUGGAGGAAAAGCUUCCCACCAAAAACAAAUUGGAAACCAGGUCUGUUCCUUCUUUAGUUAGUAUACCGAAUUCUGCUGCUGCAAAACCCCAAAGUACUGCACCUUUAAGCAAUGGCCUUCCAUCUGGAGUCCAUUUCCCACCUCAGGAUCAAAGACCACAGGGACCGUAUCCUCCAGUGAUGAUGGUAACCAAAAAUCAUGGCACGCCCAUGCCUUAUGAGCCGUAUCCCAAAUGUGAGUCUCCUGUGGAUGUAGGCUACUACUCUAUGCUGAGUGCAUAUUCAAACCUGAGUCUCUCUGGUCCACGAAGUCCUGAAAGGCGUUUCUCUUUGGACACAGAUUACAGAAUCAGUUCUGUAGCCUCUGAUUGUAGUAGCGAAGGGAGCAUGAGUUGUGGUAGUAGCGAUUCCUACAUAGGCUACAAUGAUCGGUCCUAUAUGAGUUCUCCUGACCCUCAGCUGGAAGAGAAUCUGAAAUGCCAACAUAUGCACCCCCAUAGCCAUGUAAACUCACAGUCUUUCUUGCAGAGCUACCAUGAUACGCUCUCCAGAGUUCAGAGUUAUAGUCAUGAAGAACCAAAGCAUCAUCACAAACCUCCACUUCCAUACAUGGCUGUACACCUUCACCACCCCAGUGUUGGGGCUCGUUCCAGUUGUCCUGGUGACUACCCUGCUCCUCAAAGUUCACAACAUUCAAAGAGUAUGCACCUGGGGAGAGCCCUUGCAUCCACAAGAGUAGACAGCAUAUCAGAUUCGCGUUUGUAUGACAAUUCUCCCCUGAGACAAAGAAAAUCAUACUCUGGUCAAGAGGGGCUUGGAAGUUGGGAUAGGCAAGGCUAUGGAAUGGAUGCGUAUAGCUUUCGUCAAACGUAUUCCUUGCCCAGUAACCCCUCACAGCCAUGUUAUGAGCCAUUUGCUUUCCAAAGCUUGCCUGAGCAACAAGAACAGCCUUGGCGGAUACCUUACUGCGGAAUGCCUCAAGACCCUCCAAGGUACUUGGACAGCCGAGAGAAAAUCUACAUAAACCUGUGCAACAUUUUCCCCCCUGACCUUGUGAGAAUUGUUAUGAAAAGGAAUCCUCACAUGACAGACGCUCAGCAGCUUGCUGCAGCCAUUUUAGUAGAAAAAUCGCAGUUAGGUUAUUGAUGACAUGAUGACAAUGCAUCUUUGUGGUGUCUAUUAGUUCAGUUUCAGCUGUAAUGCUGAGGGAGGUUUGCUACAAUAGCAUUUCUGAUCUCCUUCUCAACAAGGAGAUUAUAUAGUAAUCCAUUUAUGUGAAAUACUGUGCCAUAGAAUCUGUAUGUAAAACCCCAUGCAUUGGAAGUAACAGGCUUGGUUUUAAAUACUUACGCAAUUUUAAAAAAUAAUAUUUUAUAGCUGGGAGGUCUUUCCAGUUUAAUAUAUUAUUAUAUAUGCGUUCUCUGAAUAGAUUCGUUGGUGCAUUGGGGGUUUAUAUGCAGCACUUUCUAAUAUUGUUAUGUGUUUAUAUUGGGGUGUUAUGUCUUUCAAGUGCAAAAAAAAAUCUUUUCUAAACUCCAGAUAACUGAGGAGGAUUUUAUGCACCUAGCCAAUGUUUUUUCUUUAAGCCAAGCUUAUGAACUCUUUUAAUUGCAAUUAAGUUAUUUAAUUUUAUUGUGUUAUUUUUUGUGCUAUAAUCAUUUUAUUUAUAGAAAACAAAUGUCUUCUACAUCACUGACAUUAUUUUUUUAAAGAAUUUGUGAGUUAUCAGUUUUUACACUGACACGAGUAAUGAAAUUAGUACUUUAUAGUAUGGCACUUUUUAUUUCAUUUUAAUUGAAAUUAUGUGUGAUUACUUUUUAUUUUUUCUGUAAGCAAAAGCAAUCAGUGCAAGAGAUACCUGCUAUCACUAAUUUAUUAUGUAGAAGGCAAAAGCCUUGUAUGCAAGUUUUGAAGAUGUUGAGUUCAUCUGAUUCAUAGUUGUCUAAAAUUAGGCCAACAAUCUGUCAGUUUAGGCAACACCGUUACCCAGGUGAUGUGUAGUUCUGUUCAUUAGAAAUGGCAAUGAAAUUGAGAUUUGUUUAAGGUGUGUCUCUUGCUCCUCUAAUUAAUGUGCAGGUAUACUGGACAAAAUGCUUUUUUCAUAAAAAAACACCUGUUUUUAAAUGAAACAAAUUGUUCUCAAUGCAAUUUUUGUAUAUAAGAUAUUGUAUAUUUUUCAUCCUAUUUAUCAAACUGCCUGAGAAGGUUUUAUGUUGUGUUGAAUAUAUGCAACAUGUUAUUAAGUGCACUAUAGUAAUAAUAGUAUUAUAGUAUUAUAACUGGGGAUGUUCCACUCUUUCUUGUGAUAUACUGGCCAGGAUCCAAUGGUGUUGCUAAUGGAAGCAAAUUGUCUGCAAACCUGUGGAAGGGGUUGAGUUCAAUCCCACACAUUGCAUGCAGCUCCCUUAUAAUCUCAAAGUCUUCUCUGGAGAGCUGGGAAAUUAUCCAGAGCAGAUUUUCAAGCAACACAUAAGGAGGAGGACAAGAGGAGAAACUCCUAUUAUGCUAGGGGAAGUACACUAGUGCAGUGCUGUAUCUUGGCUCAUGUAGACUGUGUUCUCAAGUUAGUUUGUCUAGCCUGUUGAAUGUAGGUCUCAUUUUCACUAGAAACCACGUAGUUUUAAAAGAAAAUAAGGUUGUCUCUUCUGGUAUUUCUAAGGGAGAUUUCUGGUUUUAAGUUAUGAGUUCUGCUAGCUGUUUUAAAGUGUAAUUUUACAUAGAUAGAAUAGCAAUUGAUCUGGUAGUCAGCAAAUUUAUAGGCAUUGCAGUCAGCUGCUUACACACUAGGAUUCCCUACAGAGCAACAUACUAUGAUAUUCCCCUAGUAUUCAGUGCUAUUGCUGAUCAAUGUGUGUGCAGCUGUCACCUGAAGACCCUGUGGAACCAGAAAGUACCUUCUACUGUUGAUACAAAUUGUAUCUUUAACUAUGAGAACGAUUUUAAUUUAUAGAUCUAACGGUAAAACACACAUAAAACAUCUAUAGAUGAUUUUAGAGACUUUGGGCAACAUUUUAUCACUUAUUUUAAAAGAGGAAAAGAAAAAGCUAAAAGAAAGUUAUUGAGUCCUUAUAUACUGCACACAUUUUCCUCCUAUUUAAAGAUAUCUCUUUUUCAUGCUCUAAAACAAUAUUGAAUAAGAUCUUAUCAGAAAAUAUUGAUAAAAUGCUGCCUGAAUAGAAUGUCCAAGCACCUUUGAACAGGAAAACAUUUGACUACUUGUGCAACACUGUGUGUUGUAAGAAGUAGGAUUUUGGUAUACCGUAAAUGCUCCUAUAAAGCAUUGUGCUUAUAGAUAUAUCCAAUAAUCUGAACCAUGUUCAGCAACUUUGAUUCAUUAUUGUUCUUCUGUACUGCUCUUAACUGUUGACUGAUGACAUAGGAUCUGAGUUCUCUUAGGCCUGCUUUUCCUAACCUGGUAGCAUCCAUGUAUGAUGGACUACAACUCUCAACAUGUUAGAUUGAUGGAAGUUGUAAUCUAACACUGUUGGGGGUGGCAAAUGGUUGGGAAAGCCUGUGUUGAAUUCCUCUGCCCUCCUGUAGGUACUACCUUACAUUUUGUCCAUCCCUCCUGAAGAAGAAUAUAGAUCCCAUUUCUUCUUCUACAAUUGUUUGUUCCCUAUUUGUAUAGAGUAGCUCUAAUUAAGAGAUUGUAUAUAGUGUACUGUGCACAGGACUCCCCUCCCCGUUACAUGUAUAGAAUUUGUGCAAAACCCUGACUUGUUUGUUACUGCUACAGCAAAGAUUCCUGGUGGACUGUGAAUUCAUGUGUUGUUUAAUGGCUUUAUAUUGUAACUUUGAAUUUUUACUGUUCUUCCACCUCUGUAUCCAUGCCCUUAUCCGAGGUGUAAUGGGAUUCCUUAUCCCUAGGGAGUGCACAGUGUUGAAAUGUAUGUCUUCUGGAAUGGAAUAUUUUCAUAAUUUGCAUUUUCAUUUGGCUUGUGGUAUGUUGCAUGCUGAAGCCUGGUCACAUGGUACAGAGUGCAAAAAACGGUUGUCUGUGCAUUGUGUGAUAUAAUAUGAAGUGAGCUUUUUUCUGUGUUCAUUUAAUGUGGAAUGGUUAUACAAGAAUAUGCCUACAUUCAUAGAUGAACAGAGGUUUGCUGGUCUAGAGAGUCCAGAACUCAUGGUGGCCCUGUUUUAUGGCCUCCUUUAGUCCUGAAACAUGUAUCCUUUCUUGCUCUCCAGGAGAAGAUAGUAGUUAAAAAAGAAAAUCCCAUGGCUCCACUGCUGCAGGAGCUUUUCCGUUACUGUUUCUUAAAAAAAUACACACACACACUUCAUGCUUUGAAAGAUUAAUAUGCCUGGCCUCAGUACUUAUUCUGAAAUGAAUUGGUUGGCUGGUCCAUCUGUAAAUGUGCUGUCUGCUGAACAGAUCCUUACCUCUCUCAAUUGAUUGGACUCAGCCCAACAAUAUGUUUAGUUUGAAGAGUAAUUUUCUGAAGAAGCCAGGAUUUUUUUCCCCUAGUAUGCCAUUACUGGGCUUACUCACUUUACCCUUUUCAGUUCCAAGCCUGCCUUUUACUAAUACCAAAAUGGAUUGAUUAUUUUCCUUCUCUCUUUCCCAUGAUGUACACAUUAAUUCACUGAAGUAUAUCUCCUGAACCUCUGCAGCUUUGCAGAUGGUACUGGAGUUGCCUCCCAAGGAUUAGGUAGACCAUAGUGAGGGAAUGUGGGAGCAAUCGUCCCCAAAUAUUUGUAAGACCACUGUCUCCAAAGCUGUUCUAGAGCAGGGCUACUUAAAGUGAGGGUCGUUGGUUUGGUGCCAAUUCCUGAGACAGUGGUUGUUUGUUCUUAGCAAGUUUUGAGGAAAGAAAGAAAUAAUUGUACCCAAUAGGCACUAACUUUGCAUUAGUCUCUGGCACACUGGAAAAUGGUAAUUGCCAGUUCCCUAUAUCAGAAAGCCUGAACAACACAAUUCUAGAUAUUAUUUUAAUAGGCUUCCAGAAAAUGAAAUUGCACUGUUUUUAAAAGAAGAAAGGUAUUAUUAUAGAAAUGUCAUAGGUGCUGACAUAGGGUGAGGCUCAAACACAUAUACUGUUGAUAGUAUAUCAACUCACACACGUAUAGAGGAGUAAUUUUUCCUUUUGGUUUGUACCUGAUGGAGUGCUGCACUAAAAACAAGGAGGGCCUUGUCAGAGUUUUGGAUGGACAACAUUUUGUUAAAAGUUAAAAUAUAUUACAUUGACCCCUAUCUAUACUGAAAAUGAGACUUAGUCACCUUAUUAAUUUAGAAGCAUUUUGAAGAUACCAUAUACAUUGCUAACUGGAAAUGUGUCAGCAUUUGUGUAAUACGGAAAACAUUGCAUAUGUAAAUUUUUGUACUUAUACCUUGUAUUUAUAUUCUAGAUGUCUUUUUUUGAGAUCUAGCUGUGAUCUCAAAUUUAAGCUUUUAAAAGAAUGCACAUGUUCCCUAUUGGAAGUUUUUUUAACUUUCCUAAUAUGACUUCAGAUGAAUGGAAGAUAAACAUUUUUGUUUUAUUUUUAGCAAACUGACAUUAUUAACUGCUUUCUUCACAGAUGUGUAUCUUGAGUAUUGUUCAAGAGACAUAUCUACAGAUAUAUAUCUUGAACAUAAUUAUGUGAAGAAAGGAUAUAUAGAUUUUAAAAACUUGCUGGUGUCUCUGAUAUAAACUGAAAUAUUUUGAAUCUGCUGACAUUGCAGAGAAUAUAAGAUUAUCGUUGAAGACUUUUCAACAUGAAUCCAUCACAGUUGCCUUUACAUAGUGGCCCUUCUCUAGUUCAUGCCAAAAUAAUUAGCAAUUCUGAUCCAGUUUGGAAAAGAGGAAAGUCUUCCUUCUGGCUGGAAGCCACACCAUAGAAAUAGAGAGGGGAGUUUGGAGCCCAAAGUUGGGGGUGGGAGUAUAACAGGCAGGAAUGGUACCAAGAGUUGUCUUGGAAUGAAUCACACUAGUAAAGCAAAAAGUUUAUUCCUUUUCUCCAGGAAGAUUUAAACAUAGAUGCAGUUGUGAAGCUGAAUCCUGGAACUCCCCAACAUUUCAGGCAAGAGAGAGACUGGACGUAGCCAAAAAUAUUUGUUUGUGUAAUAUUUCUCCUUAUUUUUCUAAAUGUCAAAAUCCCUCAACUAGUAUUUGUAAGGUGUAGCAAUUGCACACAGUCUACAUUUAACUUUGAUUUGAGCACUAAAUAUACCUCUUUAAUGCUCAGUGGUACUGCUUUGUUCACUGUGCUUGGAUGUGGUCAUCCACUUAUUGUUAAAUAUUAAAUAUUCAGGUUUCUCUAUGGAGUCUUGGUCUCUCCCUGCUUUAUAGUUGUUGGCCAUCUGGUGAGAAGAAAAAUACUCCACAUGAAUAUCACACGCACUUAUCACGGUGACAUCAGUAAAUCAGCAAGCUAGGUUUCAUCAAAUACAAAGCAAAGUUUUGGGUCUAGAGCAGGCAUGGGAAAACUUCGGUCCUCCAGGUGUUUGGAUAGGCUGUUGGGAAUUGUGGAAGUUGAAGGCCAAAACACUUGGAGAUCCAAAGCUUUCCCAUGCCUGAUCUAGUCUUGAUACAUGAUAGAGUACAAAUGAGCUGUAAUUUCAUAUAUACUUUUAUUUUUCUUUCUUGGUUUUUUGUUGUUCUGUUUCUAAACAUUUCCAUUUUGCUUUGUGUUCUUUUCUUUACUGAUCUUGCUCCUUUCCAGGCCCUCAAUCCUUAGUCAUGAGGAUUUUAUUGUCCCUCGCCCCCAUCUACCCUCUUUGAGAAUUUGUAUUCUAUUUCACUUUUCUCAAAUUUGACUCUACACAUCAAUGCCCAUUCAAUGCUCUUGUCACCCAAAUAGCAAAGGGCACAACCCACUCUUGCUGCCUGCAAGUUUUAUAUAACAGGUAUGCACAUUUUUGAAAAUAUGUGAUAAAAUUUGGGAUAUUCCCUAAUAUUUAAAUGUUAUACAGUGUUCCCUCACUUAUUGCUGGGGUUAGGUUCCAGGUCCACCCGCAAUAAGUGAAAAUCCGCAAAGUAGGGAUACCAUAUUUAUUUUAAUAUUUAUACAUUAUUUUAGUAGUUAUACACUAUUUAAAGUCUUUAUCAACCAGCCGUAUGUGGAUAAAUCACCUUCUUUUCUUCCUGUUGCCGCUUGGGCUCCUUUUCUCUCCCUUUGGCUUCUCCUUCCUCCCUUCCUUAGGCUGUAAAUUGUAAUUUUUUAUGACUUAUAAUAGUCUUUUAGAGUUUAUUGAAAAACCGCAAAACAGCAAAUCCGUGAAAAGUGAACCGCAAAGUAGUGAGGGAACACUGUAUUCUGUUUUAUAAAGACUGUUCAUCUUUGUUUCAAAUAAUAGUGUAGGGAAUUAUUUAUUUUGACAUAUUGUCAUGGAAAUUAUUUAAUUCUCAUUUAAAAUGGGGAAGUGAGAGAUCUGCCCUUUUUCAUAUUAGAAUGUGAAGGUGGGAGGAGAAAAGAUAUUUUGUACAAGAUUCCUCUAAACCAACUUGUCUCCUGGUCAUUAUUUAUUUAAAAACAAUUUUAGUAAGUGGUCUUCAUUUUAAUACUUUGUAAAUGAUUGACAUUUCCAAGAGGUUUGUGGUUGCUGGUGUAUAUUUUGCACAUCUUACUUGAUCUUUUGUAGUCCAGUGUAGAUAAAACUGCAUUAAGCAAUUGUAAGCAAAACUCUGUGUUACUAACAGAGCUUUAAUUAGACAUAAAAGUCCAUCUUGAGUAACACUUGGUAUGAUGAUAAAAUAAUGUGUGGGUAUUUAAUGUUUUUAUAGUAUGUUUAAAAUGGUUUUCUACUUAGGCAAAUAAACACAGUCCAUAGCAUUGCGAAGUUAACGAAAUUAACCUAGAGUUUAAAUGUUAUAUGAAUAUACACUAUUUAAAGUGGUAUUGAAUUAAAUGGUGAUAAUAUUAUGUAGAAUAUAGCAAACAGUAUUUGGAGAGGUGUGUGGAUUUGACCCCUUUUAAAAAGGAAGCAAUACAUUUUGCACCGUGUGGAGGUAAGCGAAGCCAAAAAAAAGAGGGCAAGUGGAUAGGGGGCGGUGUCAAUGGCAAAGAAAUUCCCUGCUGCCCUAAUAUGGAGCCAAGACCAUACUGGAAUCUCAGGCCAUGAAGGCUGGAUAACAGGACUGCAGUUGGUUCAGCCCAGAUCUCUCAAUAACAAAACACCCCAAAUGGCAAAACAGACGUCUGUUUUGCCAUUUGGGGUAUUUUGUUAUUGAGAGAUCUUAUUGUUAUAUGCAACUGUGGAGAUGUCUGGGUUGAACCAACUGCAGUCCUGUUAUCCAGCCUUCAUGGCCUGAGAUUCCAGUAUGGUCUUGGCUCCAUAUUAGGGCAGCAGGGAAUUUCUUUGCCAUUGACACUGCCCCUUAUCCACUUGCCUUCUUUUUUUUUUGGCUUCGCUUACCUCCACACUGUGCAAAAGCAUGCAGCCUGUAUAAAAGGAAAAAGAGGAGCAGGUGAAUGAAGCUCUUGGGGAUGAGCAGAUUGGCAGUAGUAUUAAGUCUUAACAUUGCUCCUACAAUAUUUUAUUUGUUACAUUCACAUCUCAGAAGAGAUAGCUUCAUGCUACAAAAAUAUGUGUUGGAGCUCCCUCCUCUGAUAAGCAAAUUGUGUUGUCCAUGUAAACAAGUGGUUCCCAACCUUUGGUCCUCCAGGUGUUUGGGACUUCAACUCCCAGAAAUCUCAGCCAUCUUACCAGCUGUUAGGAAUUGUGGGAUUUGAAGUUCAAAAACCUGGAGGGCCAAAGGUUGGGAACUACUGAUAAACAGAAGUUAGUUUAAACCAUUUAGGUAUACCAUUGAUUCUCAAACUGUGGCCCCCAGAUGUUUUGGCCUUCAACUCCAGAAAUCCUAACAGCUGGUAAACUGGCUGAGUUGUAGGCCAAACACCUGGGGACCCACAGGCUGAGAACCACUGAUGUACAUUUUCACAGUUCCAUCUAGAGCAGUGGUUCUCAAGCUGUGGGUCCCCAGGUGUUUUGGCCUACAACUACCAGAAAUCCCAGUUGAAGGCCAAAACAUCUGGGGACCCACACGUUGGGAACCACUGAUCUAGAGCUUAACCAUAGAUGAUUGCAUGAAGUGGUGAUAGUGCAUUUAAUAAAUGCCCCAAAUCCUUGUUCAAUAUAGAACGUAUCAAUGUGUUCAGUAUUAUGGCAUUGUACCAUUGAAAUGCUGACAGUUUAAGGUAUAUAUGUGAUCACCAGUACUCACUAGACAUUCUGAUGUAUGUGAUAUUUGUUUAUUUUUAAAUGUGAUUGUUAGCAGUAUCCACAUUUUGGAUAUGAACUUCAAAAUGUGUAGUAUAUUGCUCAGUUGCAAAAAAAAAAAGGGCACAAUUAGGAACAGAAAUCAACAAAGUGGUACAAGAUAGUGAAAUGUUAUCCUCCAGAAUGGAUUUAUUCAGAUUCUUUAUUGAGGUACCCUUUAAAUGCAUGACCAUUUAGUGUUUUCUAUAUUUUGCUUUCCUUUUAAUCCAGUGGUUCUUAACCUGUGGGUACCCAGAUGUUUUGGCCUUCAACUCCCAGAAAUCCUGAUAAACUGGCUGGAAUUUCUGGGAGUUGUAGGCCAAAAUAUCCAGGGACCCACAGGUUGAGAACCACUGUUUUAAUCUAUUUCAAUUCCUACUCAAAUAGCUCUGAAAUUUGAAUUAUCCUACAACUACAUACAAGUUUGUAGAUCACUGGGAAAAGACAAGAAGAUAUAACUGGUGUAAUGGUGAACCUAGGUUAUUGGCUUUCUGCUCCCACAUUCUGUUUGAUUUCAUCUGGUGAAAUGCUAAUAUCCAUUUGGAAACUCUUAUUUUUAGGGAAAGGUUCAUGUGUGUGAAACACUUGUUAAUUCCAUUUUCCACUGGCUGUUUUGUAUAUUCUCUGUGAUCUGGCUAUCUACAUCUAAUAAUGCAAUACUUGGACUAUAUGAAAGCAGUGACAAAACAUGUACAUGGAUCCUGCUCUCAAGAAAUAAAAUGCUUAGGUUUUUCCCCCUU